AUGCUCGUCCUCCCCUAUCACAUCACCGUCUGCCACAUCCCUGCGGAUAUGGCUGCGGCACAAGUCUACAUCAACCGCCACCGCCACGUGCUGCUCGCCUUCGCCUCUGCUUCUCAUUCACUCUCCCCUAUCUUUCCCACUCUCCUCUCACCGCUCUCCACCGCCCUCCAACGCUCUCCACAUUUGGCACCCCCUCUACAUCGCUCUCAACCCCUGCAGGCUGCGGCAGAAGUCCCUGGUGUGGGUGCACCAGCAGUUCCUGUCAACCGCGACCGUAAGUCUCUAGUUCGGGUGCACCAGCAGUUUCUGCUCUACAUCAACCGUGACCGCGACGUGCUGCUGGCCUUCGCCUCCGUGGUGGAGAAUCUGCUGGCGCAGACCAACACGUCGGUCGUGGGGCUUGGGUACGCGCAGCAGCAGAUCGCCCCUCUAGCAUGGUCAUUCUUCCAGUCGUCCCUCCCGCGCCUCACAAUCCUCGGCUACUUCUCCCAGUUCGGAUGCCUUGUCUCCUACUCUCAAACCGACCCUGUCAUCCAGUCGUUCUCAGCCACCCCUGGCGGCGGCGCCGUGUCGCAGGUCUACACAAAGAAUCUUACUGACAUCACAGUGCCCAUUGGGUCUCCAACCAUCUAUGACCAAGUUGCUAGUGGCGCCCCUGGCUUGUUGCUCUGGUCCUUCAACGCCGUUCAGAACCUCUCUGGACCGCUCUUGCUCGCUUCUGUGGCUGUGAGGGGCGCGGAGCAGAGGAAAGCGAUUGGGCUGGACGUGGGUGGGGAUGAGUGGUGGGAUGUGGGUGCGGGAGUGGGGGUGAAAGGGGUGGUGGGGAGUGCGGGAGGGAGUGCGGGAGGGAGUGCGGGAGGGAGUGCGGGAGGGAGUGCGGGAGGGAGUGCGGGAGGGAGUGCGGGAGGGAGUGCGGGAGGGAGUGGGAAGGGAGGGGGUUGGGAGGGGUUGGAGGGGCUACGAAGGUUGAUGCAACAGUUCAAGGAGGUGAUGCUCUGGGGAAUGGGGAUUGGGAUGGGAAUGGGGAUAGGGACAGGGAUGGGGUUGCCGGUGGGGAUGGGGAUGGGGAUGGGGAUGGGGAUGGGGGUGGUGAGGGCGAUGGGCUCGGGAGGUGGAGCGGGGAUGGGGGGGAAUUCAACAGGGGGAGGCACAGGGGCGACGGGGGGUAAGGGGGGGACGGGUCAGCAGCAGGGGGGACCGCCGCCGCUGCCGGAGGGGUUUGAAGGGCCGGGGGCCGGGCAGGCGAUGCCAAUGCUGGUGAAUGCGACGCAGGUGUCAGAUGCGGUGAUAGCCGAUACAGCGCGGUACCUGGAGGCGCGGUUUGGGCUGCCGGCGCUGGUGGCGGGGAACUACUCGGUGGGGGGAGUGAUGGUGAACGGAGAGGAGUGCUUCGUCAGUACCAUGGCGCUCAGCUUUGACAACCUCAAGAUGUACCUGGCGAUCAUCAUGCCGCGUGCGUCCAUCACAGCAUCAAUCGAGUCCAAGCAGCGCAUCAUGGUCAUCGUCACCACGGCAGUCGCGCUCUGCCUGUUGCUCAUCGGCUGGGCCGUGGUGAUCUUCCUCACUCUCUAUGUGGACACGCGCAUGCGUCCCAAGGAGGAGCUACAACGGCAAAUGGAGGAGACACAGAGGGCGCAGGCUGCUUCUGAAGUGAAGAGCCAGUUCCUGGCUAAUAUCUCCCACGACCUCCGCACGCCAAUGGCCGGCAUCUUGGGUCUGUUGGACAUAAUGCUGUGCGACCACCUCUCAUCGGAGCAGGAGGCCAAUCUGCGCCAGAUGAAGUCAUGCUGUGCCUCCCUCCUCGGGCUCCUCAACAACCUGCUCGACCUCGCCAAGGUGGAGGCGGGCAAGAUGCAGCUGGAGGUGUUAGAGUUUGACAUAGUGGGCGAGCUCGAGUCGCUGGUGGACAUGUUCAGCGUGCAGGGGCUCAGCAACGGCACUGAGAUCGCCCUUGAUCUCUCUGACGACAUCGAUCGGACGGUCAAGGGCGAUCCAUCUCGCGUCAGACAGGUGUUUGCGAAUCUGCUCAGCAACGCGUGCAAGUUCACCAAGAACGGCCAGGUGGUGGUGAGGGGGUGGGUGAGGGACAGACCGCCCCCGCAGCUGGCAAAGCAGGACCUCUCCAUCCCGGGAGAGAAGGGAAAAGCCUCUCAUUUCCGCUUACUCUUCUUCCUGCUUUCCCAUUCCUUGCCUUCCUCUCCUUCCCUCUCCCUCCCUUUCCUUCCCUCCAACCCCUUUCCCCCCAGCAGCAGGCGGCACAGCAGGUCCAAGAGCCGUGAUGUGGACAAUGCAGCAGCAGAGGCUGCAGGGGGAAUGGGCGGGGGGAUGGUCGGAGGAGCAGCAGCGGAGCAGCAGGGUGUGGGGGGAAAGGGGCGGCGCACCGUGACGUUUAUGUUUGAGGUGGAUGAUACGGGGCCAGGCAUUCCGGUGCACAAGAGGGAGUCUAUUUUUGAGAACUUCCAACAGGCUGAUGUGUCCACUGCCAGGACACAUGGUGGCACAGGGCUCGGUUUGGGAAUCGUACGCUCCCUGGUGAACCUGAUGGGCGGGUCAAUAGCCGUGGUGGACAAGGAUGGGCAGGGGGCCCGAUUCCGCUUCGACAUGCGGUUUGAAGCGGUGGAGGGCGGUGGAGGGUGGCACAACAGCAUGCUGCAGCCCGAGCUGCUGCUGCCCAAGUUGACUGCCGUGGAGGGCGGGCAGGUGCUGCUGGCAAUGAAGGAGGACAGCGCCGGGGCGGCCAUAGCCACGGCCUGGAUGGAGCGGCGGAAGCUCAAGGUAUGGCGCGCGCACACGUGGCAGGAGAUCAUGCCAGCUGUCGCCUCCAUACUGAUCCAGAAGUCCGCCGCCUCGCAGCCGCCCCGCGCGUCGCGCUCCCUCGUGGGCUUCUCUGCCCCGCUCAUGCGCAGCUUCACUGCUCUCAGAGGCGGAGGUGGGGAGAAGGGGGAGAAGGGAGAGAAAGGCGAGAAGGGGGAGAGGGGAGGGGAUAAGGGGGAGAGGGGAGGGGAGAAGGGGGAGAGAGGGGAGAGAGGGGGGGUUGUUGCUGCGGGUGGAGCGGUGGGGGGAGGCGGGGUGGGAGGUGGUAGUUUCGGCGCUGGGGGUGGCGGCGGCAGCAGCAGCAACGGUGGUGGUGGUGGCGGUGGGGUUGGGAGUGGUGCGGAGGAGCUUCACAUCUUCCGUGCUCGCCUGCAGCACCAGGGGUUUGUCAUCGCGUGGCUUGUGGAGCACAACACCUCGGCUGACACCAGGAGGGCGCUUAGGAGGUCGGGGUGUGCAGUGGCUUCCAAGCCGCUCUAUGCUUCCCGAAUGGCGCCUCUGCUCGCCCUGGCCACGGCCAGAAACAGCGUUCCGCACUCGAGCUCGCAGAUUGACAUGCCGCGCACGGUGGGGGGGAGGGGCGGACGAGGGGGAGAGGGGGGAGGAGGUGACGGGGGCGGAGUGGGUGGGUCGCAGUGGCACCACGGGGAGGCAAACGAGCAGUGGCAUCAUGGGGAGGGGAACGAGCACUCGCCCCUUCUGUUGUCCGUUGCUAGUGCCGCUGCCACUCCCUCUCACUCUCCUUCCUCCAUCUUUUCCCCCAUUCCCUCCUUCCCUCUCCCUCCCCAUCGCGUCCUUCCUCCUUCUCUUCCUCCAUUCUCCCCCCCACCACACCAGGCAUGGGGGCUGCCAGCGCCAGCGGAGGAGGACGAGUCAUCAGACUCCCCAGCAGCGUCCUCCACCGCACUGCGCAACACUGCGGCCGUCUCUGUCCCCUUCUCCCCUUGCCCUCGCCCCUCCUCCUCCACCCCAACUGCCGGUGGUUCUGCCGCUGCUGCUGCUGGUGUUGCCACUGCUGGUGUUGCCACUGGUGGUGUUGCCUCUGCUGGUGUUGCCACUGGUGGUGUUGCCUCUGCUGGUGGUGGUGGUGGUGGUGCGGGGGGAGUGCCUGUGUCUGGCUAUCCACCCCCCUCGGGUCGCGGACCUCCUCUCCCCUCCCCCCACGCCGCUGCGGCCGCCUCCCCCCACGGCCUUCCCUCCGGCCGGCCUCCCAUUCCAUCGCCGGCGAGUGUGGAAGGCACUGGGCCGGCCCCAGCUGAAGCUGCUGCUGCUGCUGCUGCUGCUGGCUCUCCUGCCCUGGGAGCGGCAGCGGCAGCAGCAGGGGGGGCGUUGGAGUCGUCGCCAGGGUCGCGGUCGGGCAGGAUGCGUCCGGUCAACAGCGGGCUCAAGAAAGGGGCGUCCUUCUCAGAGGGCUCGUUUGACAAUGCACUGGCGGGCAAGCGCGUGCUGAUCGCGGAAGACACGGCUCUGCUGAGGAAGGUGGCCAUAAUCCGGAUGCAAAAGCUCGGCUGCGACGUGGAGGCGGUGUGUGACGGACAGCAGGCAGUGGACGCAGUGUUGGCAACCUACGCCAGCAAUACGGGGCGGUUCGAUGCGGUGCUCAUGGAUUGCCAGAUGCCUGUGCUGGACGGAUACGGAGCAACAGCAGCCAUCAGAGCAGGCGAGGCGGGGACGCCCUUCCACACGCCCAUAGUGGCGCUCACAGCCCACGCCAUGACCAGCGACCACCGCAAGUGCCUCGACGCGGGCAUGGAUGCUUAUCUUACCAAGCCUAUCGACCCUGCUCUCAUGUCCCGCACGCUGCUGGGCCUCAUGGCAAAACACCCUGUAGCUGCUGCUCCUCCUCGUCCUGCUACUGCUGACUCCUGA